AUGGCUGUCAUCUCUUCGUCUCCAACCUCGACAUCCUUGUUUUCAAUGUUGCCGCUGGCACGCGUGACACGCAAAAAGGUGUGCAUAUUCUGUAUGUACUCCGGACUUAGGACAUACGCAUCCACCACAACCGCGAACAAUGCACGUUCGCGAGCCAAAAAAGCUGUCUCUGCAGAAGCAAAGGCAGCGAAACCUCCAAACCCUCCAAAGCCAUAUAAGAGCCGUAUAGAAGCCUUCUUACAAGACCUGGAUGUUCGUGCAAAGCAAGGACCUAGCCUUCAGGACUUUGAAAACAUGAAGCCAGUUUCGUCUGCAGGUCCGCAAUCUGUAGGCUAUAGGCAGGAAUACGACCAGGCAACAAAACGCAUAAUUCGCGCGUUCCAAAGCUCGCAAUUAAUCGAGUUGGUCAAUCUCUCUGGUUAUGAAGGUAAAAUACCGAUGACUUCACGGGAACUGGUGGAGAUUUUAUUGGAUCGGGUGUGGGAAUGGCCGCUCCCAGAAGACGUUGCAAAGAGGCACAAGGAGGAAACAGAGAAGGUUAUCGCUGAAAUUCCGGUAUCGACAUCCCUCGUGCUGCUCCUUCUCGUAGAGGACCCACAUGUCUUUCCGAAAUUGGAGAAGAGAUUCAAGUUGAAUCUGUCCCUCGACACUUCAAAAGGGACCGUCCUUCAAGCAGCGGGUGUAACGCCUGACCUAGAACGAUUGGCCGCCUAUCUUGCACAGCGGGAAUUAGAACUGGUAUCGGCGUCCUCAGAUAUCAUUACUGGGGAUCUCCUCACCCCAUCCCUGCUCCAAACAGCCAUUAAAGCGACAAAAUGCCACAUUGAGACAUCCAUGAGCGACGAAAAGAUUCACUUCACUGCAUUCGAUGACACGGCCAUCAAAGCAGCACAGCGACUCGUCGAACGGUUGGUAGCCCAGUCAUCUCGAGAGAAGAAGAAUCUCCUUAUCGCACAACAAUCCUUAAAGCUCUCGUCCAGGAGCCAAGAUCCGGAUUAUGCGCUCCUUCCAUUCUUUCCGAGCAAGGCUAUGCCUACUUUGCUUGGUGGCAGCAGAUUCUUUCGAGUCCAUAAAGUCUCCAGACCCUCGGAUGAUACUGGCAGGUCUUCAGAGGUGACUACCACCUUUGUAGGUCUACCUAGUCCCAAUUUCGAUCUUGAACAACAGGCGAUUCACAAUUCGGUGAUCAUAGACGGGACCGAGCGAUCAUUGACAGCUAGCUUGGGCCAUAUUGUAUUCUCUCCAUUAUCCAAGGAAAUCACCGCUCCUGUGCCUGGAAGCUGGACGCUGGGUCAUGGACUGAAGCGCCUGGCGGAGUAUCCUUUAUCUCGUCACUUUAUACCAAGCCAACCAUCCCCCCUACUACAUCAAAAUCCCUCUGCAGUUUCAACAGUUCAUCGAGCAAUAUACUAUGGUCGCACUCCCUCGGAUCCACCAGCAGACCGCAUAACAAUACCACGGAAUAAUGUAUUUGUCCUCGAUGUUUUGAUGCGCCAAGAAGUAUCUUCGCCGGAACUAGACGAUCUAGACGAACAAGAACAGGAGGUGAUUGCGAUUGUGCCCUCUAAUGGUCCUACCCGUUGUCGGUCUGGCUCGGAGCAGACCGUCGACGUGCUACUUCCUGACAGAUAUAUGGAUAUGAGAUUAACUAUCCAGGAGUUAAAACCGGUCAAGGACGAGUUGGAACCAGAAGUCAUUCAAGAAUACAUCGCCGAGUUGUCGAGAUUCCUAAAUUUUCAGGUAGAUCACCAACCUACCGCACCACAAAGCUUCGACUAUGAAGGGAUGACCUACGUUCUCGACACAAGCUCGAGUAUCAGGCAAACCAAGGAAACCCUCUUAAGCCAGACAAACGGGUGGGAAGAUUCGUUUAAUACAUACUCACAAUAUAUCGAGGCUACCUCUGAGACCUCGUUGGACUUGGAAAGCAAGGACAAGUCAAUGCAUUGUUUUAUCAAAGACAUUGUAGAGAAUCGUGAUGACCUUCACGGGUUCCUAGAGCGUGCCAAUGCUAUUGCCGCACUACCUUACUCACCGAAUACCGAGAGUUCCCAAACUCGGACACCAGUUUUCAUCGAAUAA